AUGGAGGCAGAAGAAUAUAAUCAAAUGAGGACAGAGGAGAAUGAAAUGGAGGAAGAAGCAGAGGACUUGGGGGAGGAUAAACAGAAUGAAAUGGAGGAAGAAGCAGAAGCUGUUGAUGCAGUUGAUGAUAUGAGGUUUGACAUGGACGAAGACUUUAAAAAGGCUGCUGUGUUUAAGCAGAUGGGAUGUUUGUGGAGAGCAUCCAAAUCACGUCUGACCAGUCAGGCCUUUAAGGUUGUCAGCGACUCUUACAAAGAAAGAAGACAGAAUCAGAUUCCUCACACCUGCGGCCGUAAGGGAAUGGUGAGGCUGAGAGAAGAUUUGGUAAAGUCAAGCGAAGAUCCAUCAAAAGUGUCGAGGCUCCGAGUUUGGGUGAAAUCACGAACAAAGAAGGAUGGUACUCCUGUCAAUGUUAAUGCAGCUGAAAAGAUUAGAAAGGCAUCAGAGAUCGAACUUGAGGGUCAUGCCGAUUCAACGACAACGAAUCCAAAGAACGAUAUGCUAUCUCAGAUACUGGGACCUGAUCAACCUGGACGUUUUACAAAGGCCCAAUAA